ACCCCGGGCGCCCCCCGCCACCAGCCGCCGCCGCCGCCCCCGCCGCCGCCGGCCGGGAGCCGCGGCCCGGCGGGUGCCCGGCGGCAGCUGGUCUAUGUCUUCACCACCUGGCGCUCGGGCUCGUCCUUCUUCGGGGAGCUCUUCAACCAGAACCCCGAGGUUUUCUUCCUCUACGAGCCGGUGUGGCACGUCUGGCAGAAGCUGUACCCCGGGGACGCGGUCUCGCUGCAAGGGGCGGCCCGCGACAUGCUGAGCUCCCUGUACCGCUGCGACCUCUCCGUCUUCCAGCUCUACAGCACGGGGGGUGCCGGCAAGAACCUCACCACGCUCGGCAUCUUCGGGGCGGCCACCAACAAGGUCAUCUGCUCCUCGCCCCUCUGCCCGGCCUACCGCAAGGAGGUGGUGGGCAUGGUGGACGAUCGGGUGUGCAAAAAGUGCCCCCCGCAGCGCCUCAGCCGCUUCCAAGAGGAAUGCCACAAGUACCGCACGCUGGUCAUCAAGGGCGUGCGCGUGUUCGACCUGGCCGUCCUCGCCCCGCUCAUGCGGGACCCGACCCUGGACCUCAAAGUCAUCCAUCUGGUGCGGGACCCCCGGGCCGUCGCCAGCUCCCGCAUCAAGUCCCGGCACGGCCUCAUCCGGGAGAGCCUGCAGGUGGUGAGGAGCCGGGACCCCCACAUCCACCGCAUGCCCUUCCUUGAUGCUGGCCACAAGCUGGGCGGGAAGAAGGAGGGGGGGGGCGGCUCGGACUACCAUGCCCUGGGUGCCAUGGAAGUGAUCUGCAGCAGCAUGGCCAAGACCCUGCAGACUGCCCUGCACCCCCCUGACUGGCUCCAGGGCAACUACAUGGCCGUGCGCUACGAGGACCUGGUGGUCGAGCCCAUCAAGACCCUGCGGCAGGUGUACGGCUUCGUCAACCUGGCGGUCAGCCCAGAGAUGGAGAAGUUCGCCCUCAACAUGACCAGCGGCCCCGGCUACUCCUCCAAGCCCUUCGUGGUGUCGGCCAGGAACGCGACCCAGGCGCUGAGCGCCUGGAGGACUGCGCUCAGCUACCAGCAGAUCAAGCAGGUCGAGGAGUACUGCCACCAGCCCAUGGCCCUGCUGGGCUACGAGAGGGUCGGCAGCCCCGAGGAGGUGAAGGACCUCAGCAGAACGUUGCUCAGGAAGCCGCGGCUGUGACGGGCUGUGCCGAGCGCCCCGGGGGUGGCUGAGCCCUGCGGGCAGAGGAGCCGCUCCGGCUGCUUUGAGUGAGGGAGGGAGCCGGGAAAAGCAGCCUGGUUUCCGAUUUCCUCCAAAGACUGCUGAAGGGUAACAUACAGUAAUGUGAUGAUUUCUUUUUUUUUUUUAAUUACCCUCCCCUUUCAUUGGGUUAGAUGCGAUUUGAAAAAAAAAAAUCAAGUGGAACUGAAAAUAUGUGUAAAGCCCCUUUCUCCUUCUCUAAAAGCGCCAGGCAGUUAUUCUGUACCAAAAUCUUGUUUAUGAAGUUCUUGUGGGUUUGAAGAUGGUAACAAAAACUCUUGCACAAUUCCUAACCCAUCUUUAUCUCCCUUGGUGCGGAGGGGAUGCCCUUGGAAAAUAUAAUGCUGAAAAUCAGACUUUUGUAUGAAAGCAAAUGUUCAGACAUGAUAGUAAUAAAAGAAAAUAAUAAAUGAUAUUCAUUUUUAUAAUUACCUCAAUUGUUUGGGAAUUACAGUGUUGCUUAUGUACAGCUGGAAGGGAUGCUCGCUUAAAUAGCGACGUGGACUUUUUAAAGGGUAUGAGUGGAGGGCUGGAGUGCAACAUUUGAUGUGUUCAAAGACUAGGGGCUGCUCUCACAAAAUCAAGUAGAGAUCUCACAAGUGUAGUGCAGGUUUUAUGGCUGUGUCAGAGCAGGUUUCUAUUUAACUAUUGUCUUUUUUGUUGUAUUUAAAAAGUCUUUUUAAGUGCCACUGUAUUAGUGUCAUAAGAGUUUUAAAAGGUUUGCCAUCACAGCAAUGUUUAUUUUUGUCUUGACAUGUAUGUCCAGGAGUCACUGUCAAACAGAAGUGGAUCUACAGUGUGACAAGAAAUGCAGGAUUCAAAAAGACAUUUGUCAUAUUGGAAACAUUAGCAUGUGUAAAAACAAAAAUAAAAUUAUAUAUGUUAUAUAUAUUCUAUAGUGCUAACAAUACAUAAGAUAUGUAAGAUAUUUCUUGACAUUGAUCGGUAACAGGCAUAGCAGGGAAACAUAGAAAAAUGCAUAAAAUGAUUUAUUUUUUCCCUUUGUCUGUGUCCAGGGGUAUAUUUAUGUACGAAGAGGGAGGAAGCGUACAGCUGUGUGUUCAUAGCUGUAACAAAGCUUUUAUGGAGCCAGCCGAGCAUUUGAUUUCAGAGCGCUGGUUGGAGACUCGGUGCUUGUGAAUUGUCAUUGCUCUGUGAUGGAGCCAGAUGGUGGUCUGGCUCUUUCUGGGAGCUUUGCCUGGAGACUGUCCCAUCGUUAAAACUUGAUGAUAAAAAAAAAAAAGAGAGAGAGAUUUUGCUACUUCUGCUUUUGUAAUUUCCUGGAAAAAGUCCUGAUUUAUUAAAGGUUAAGUGGUGUGUUGCAUAUGAGAAGUGCAGACACCUCAAGUAAUUUUUAAUCUUGAUGGUGUUCUCUGCUGCUCUUUGAAGGCUCAUUUUGCAACUUGGGGUUUUUAAACAAACGUGGUUUUGCCAAACUGUUCUCUUAGGAGACUACAGACUUUUCUACAGGAAGUACAUUUUACAUUGCCUAUUUGGGUGUUGUGCCUUCAGAAAAUGUGAAGAGUAUGAGUAGGAGAAAGGAAAUUGAUUUGUGAAAAUAAAUUGAUAUAAACAGGA